UUCUUGGUUUGGAUUCCAAAAAUGGUUACGUUUGCCUAGAAAUAUUAUCUGAAUAGUUCGUGCAUAUGCGUUGACUAUAUCUUGUAUAUUUUCCCACUUUCGUUUUCUUAGAACAUCUUUUCUCCCAUUGUGUUUGUCUCUUGGUACAACAAUGGUUCAGCAGCAGCGUCCAGUCCAAAGCUCUCUCUCUCCCUCUCCUCUUUCUUAUUCUUUAAUCUCAAACCGUCCUAUCUCUCUCCUCAGCCGCAACGGUCUCCUCCUCGUCCUCGCCCUCCUCCUCCUUGGUGUAUUCUUACCCUGGACAGGUUCUCCCUUCUUCCCGUUUCCAAACAGAAGCUCUUCUUCAUUCCCCUCUAACUGGCGCGACUACUCCCUCGAUCAAGCGGCCAAGUUCACCGCUAAAGACGGGACUGUGAUCGUGUGCGCCGUUAGCUACCCCUUCAUGCCUUUCCUCAACAACUGGUUGAUUAGCGUUUCUAGACAAAAGCAUCAAGACAAAGUCCUCGUGAUCGCCGAAGACUACGCCACACUUUACAAGGUUAACAAGAAGUGGCCUGGUCACGCCGUUCUCAUUCCUCCUGCGCUCGAUUCUCAGACCGCACAGUAUUUCGGUUCCCCGGGUUUCUUCAAUUUUACAUCUCGGAGGCCGCAACAUCUCUUGCAAAUUUUGGAGCUAGGUUACAAUGUUAUGUACAACGAUGUAGAUAUGGUAUGGCUGCAAGAUCCGUUUCAGCAAUUAGAAGGAAGCCACGACGCAUACUUCACCGAUGAUAGGACUAACAUUAAGCCUUUGAAUCACUCCCAUAAUUUACCACAUCCGGAUCGAAACGGAGUGACGUAUAUAUGUAGCUGCAUGAUUUUCUUGCGUCCCACGAAUGGAGCAAAGCUUCUCAUGAAGACAUGGAUUGAGGAACUUAAGUCUGGGUCUAAAGCAUAUGAAGGAAAUGACCAGCCUGCUUUUAACUGGUCCCUUAACAAAACAGCUCAUCAGGUGGAUCUCUACUUGCUGUCGCAAGCAGCAUUCCCGACAGGAGGAUUGUACUUUAAGAACGAGACAUGGGUUAAUGAGACAAAGGGGAAACAUGUCAUAAUCCACAACAACUACAUUGUCGGUUUCAAAAACAAGAUGAAACGUUUCCGCGACUUUGGUCUAUGGCUAGUCGAUGAUCAUGCUCUUGAGUCCCCAUUGGGGAAAUUAGAGCCGCAACAUCUCUUGCAAAUUCUGGAGCUAGGCUACAAUGUGAUGUACAACGAUGUCGAUAUGGUCUGGUUGCAAGAUCCGUUUCCGUAUUUGGAAAGCAGCCAUGACGUGUACUUCACGGAUGACAAGACUGCCGAAACGAGUAAUAUAUGUAGCUGCACGAUUUUCUUGCGUCCCACUAAUGGCUCCAAGCUUCUCAUGAAGAAAUGGAUUGAGAAACUUCAAGCACAACCUUGGUCCAAAUCAAAGAAAGGAAAUGAUCAGCCUGCUUUUAACUGGGCACUGGAACAAACAGCUCAUCAGGUGGAUGUGUACUUGCUUUCGCAAGCAGCUUUCCCAACAGGAGGAUUGUACUUCAGGAACAUGACAUGGGUUAAAGAGACAAAGGGGAAACAUGUAAUAAUCCACAGUAACUACAUUGUCGGUUUCAAAAACAAGAUGAAACGCUUUCGCGACUUUGGUCUAUGGCUAGUCGAUGAUCAUGCUCCUAAGUCCCCACUGGGGAAAUUCACCAAAAUACAGAAAACCAGUUCAUCAAAAUACAGAAAAACAAGAAAAACAGGGACUUGA